AUGUCGCUACUGCAUGGCUGCUUCGAAGAGAAACAUAGGGAUAACGCUGAGUUGUCCCAGCGCUCAGUUGGUCCCUUGGGCGCUCUUCUGACCCUGCACCCGUUUCGGAAACAAAAAGAGGAAGUUCUGGCGACAGAGUGUCGCGUGCCAGCAGCAGCACCAGCCGGAGUCAAAGUCGUCACUGACGAGGAAUCCAAGUUCGACUGCAUCGCUCGACUCACGGGCCUGUGUCGACGAGCCGCGACGUCGCUGGCGGCGGCAGCGGCAACGGCGUCGCGAGUCGCCUCUUCUUCUUCUUCCUCUUCUUCCUCUUCAACCCCAUCUCCUCCACGACCGCCACAACAACAACAGCAGGUCGCUGCUCAAGUUGUGGUUCUGCCGGGGGAAGUUGUCGACGACGUCACAACGACGACGGGUGAAGAAGGCAGCGGGGGUGGCGGCGGUGGUGGCGGUGAUCAAGAGCAGCAGCUGCGGACGACGGCGACGAGUUCCAUUGACAUGGCGUCUUCCAAGGUGGCGAGGAGGCGGCAGGGGAGUUUGCCCAAAGAGCCGCCGCCGGUGAAUGACGACGACGUGUCCAGAGAGUACACUGUGGACAACUUUGAGAUCGUCAAGACCAUAGGAACUGGCACGUUUGGCAGAGUGUGUUUGUGUCGGGAAAAGGCGACGAAGACGUACUACGCUCUCAAGGUACUUGCCAUUGCGGACGUCGUGCGUCUCAAGCAGGUCGAGCACGUGAGGAACGAGAAGCGAGUACUGGGCAUGUCCUUGCAUCCGUUCAUUAUUCAAAUGUGA